AUGGAGGCUUUCUCUCGUCAAUUAAUUCAAGCUGAGCAGUGCAAUAAAAUUCAAGGCAUUAAGAUUGCGGCAGGUGCUCCUUCUAUCUCCCAUUUAUUUCUUACGGAUGAUUGUCUGUUGUUCAUAAAUGCUGAUAUGCAUAAUGUUAAUAAUCUUCUUGACAUCAUCAAAGACUUUGGUGAAGCUUCUGGCCAGUUAGUGAAUUUCAACAAGUCAAGUGUUUACUAUAGUGUGCAUAUCCCUCAGAGAUUUUGCAGGCUUCUUAUUAGAUGGUUGAAAGUUCCAAGAAUGAAAUCUAAUGAAAGGUAUUUAGGACUGCCAUUACUUAUUGGAAAGCAAAAGAUUACUUGUUUCACAGGUUUUGUCGACAGAGUAAAAGGAAGACUUUCAAAAUGGAAUGGGGAUAAUAUGUCUCAAUUUUGUAAAUCCUUAAUGAAAAAGACUAUUACCAACAUAAUACUAGUGUACUCUAUGAGCUGCUUGCAACUGCCAGUUGAUACUAUUGAGAAGAUUGACACCUUGCAAAGAGAUUUCUGGUGGGGUUUCACAGAAAAAAGAGGAACGUACAUCACCUCUUGGAAAAAAUUGUGUCUACACAAGAAUCUUGGAGGCCAGGGUUUUAGAGACUUGAAGAUUCUUAACCAAGCUCUCCUUGUCAUGAAAGCAUGGAGAAUGUGCAUUAACCCAGAUGACAAGUGGGUUAAAGCCAUGCAAGCAAAGUACUUCCCCUACACCAGCAUGAUACAUGCAAGCUCUAAAUCAAACUUCUCAUGGGCUUGGAAGGGAGUGCAAAAACAAAUUUCAUUCAUUAAAGUUAACAGUCGAUGGAAAUUUUGA